AUUGCAGAAGACGCCUGUUCGUCUUUCGCUUUUACCUAAUCGAAUUGCGGGAAUUCGAGCACUGAAGCUUUCGGCCAGGUUUCUGGGCAAACAAAACCGCCCCGUUUUCAUCCUGGGAUCUGAUUGGCUUUACCAGAAAGGGAUGCGCAGAGACCUCGCCACGAUUGGGAGGUUUGAAAAUAGAGGCGGGACCGAAGAGGCGCUUGGCGGUUGAAGUUCAGUGUCUCCGCGAAGAGGGAAUUGAGUGUUGGACGUCUACGUGCCAGUCAUGGAGGUCCUCUCAUCGUCUCAGUUGGAGGCGCUCAAAUACAGCGAAUUGCAGUGCCUGGCCAAGUCGGCGGGGUUAAAGGCUAAUCUCAAGGCAGCCAAGCUGUUAAGUGCAUUAAAGAAGCACUUCUGUGAAAAAAAUGAAAAUACGGAUAUCAAAAAGAUAUCCCCAUCUACAGAUAUUGAGGAACAGAAUGGCAGUUAUAUUUCCAUAAAUUCAUCCAAAAUCACCAAAAGGCAGAGAAAACAGAAAGAAGAUAAUGCCCAGCCAACUACACAAGAAAAUCUUAAAGAAAAAAUGGAACUGGAUUCAGAGAAAGAGGUUCCAAUAUCGCUAAAUUCUGACGGGAACCCGGAUGCAGGAUUUGAAAAGAUACUGAAGAUAAACCAAAAUGAUCAAUCACAAAGCAGUGAAACAGCAAGAAACUUAGAAGACUUUGUUACUCCAAGUCAGCGAAAAGAAAGAGACUCCACUAGGCAAAACCGAGUUGAAAGUGAAAUUUUACUGGAUUCUCUUUCUGGAAAGAAAACUAUGAAUGCAGGAAGCAAGACUAAAUUGGGAAGAAAAGGAAUAAUUUCUACCACCCCAGAUUUUAGGAAACUUCAUGAGGCUCAGUUCAAGAAAAUGUUAUCUAUUGAUGAAUACAUUGAAAGGAAAAAUAAAAUGAUGCGUAAUUUCAACAAUUCCGUUAAUGAGAUCAAGAUCCUGACUAAGAAGAAUAAGUCUCUGAAGACUUCCCAGAAAGAAAAUCUAGAUACUAAUUCAAAGCAGGUACAUUCCAGUUCCAGAGGGAUUUUAUUAAGUCCCCCUUCUCAAAAGAAUAGGCUUUCUGCCACAGGCACUCCAACAAAACUGCGACGUUCAAAACGCAAUUCCCCUGGCACUGCAAAUAAAAGUAUUCUGUCUCGAAAAUCAUCGUUCAGUUCAACCAGCUUUUCUACAACUAAAAUAAAUGUCAGGUUCUCUGAAUCUACAAAAGACAAUGAAGAGAAACGUUCUCUUACCAAGACUCCAUCUAGGAAAUCUUCAUUUCUGAAAAAUUGCCCUCCAGAUAAUCAGAAAAGUAGUGAAUGUAUAACUAGCAAAGACUUCAAAGGAGGAGCAACAAACUGUCAGACAACAGAAACUUCAACAAAUUCUGCUGUCACUCCUUUCAAGAUUGUAAAUCAGACUGUAGAACCAACAAGCACCAAGAAACCAGUAUUUGAUCUACAAGCAAGUCUAUCAAAGCCACUUACUUAUCAGCCACACAAAGGAAAACUGAAACCAUGGAACCACCCUGGGGAGAAUCACCAGAGACUAUAUUCCCACAAGAAAUACUACAAAGAGCCACCUCUUCAAACCAGAGAUGAGAGACGGGAGAAACACAUACAGGGAAGAAAACAAAGAAAAGACCAAAAGCUUAACACAGUGAGGCGGCUGACUGUUGCUUAAAGCUGACUUUCAAAUUGUUCUGUAAAUAAUCUUAUUGAAAAUCUUUACUUUCUUGUAAAUAAUUCUUGUCUCUGCGCUGAAAUACUUAAGCUACUGAGUAAUCUUAUUUUAAUAUGAACAUAGAACCUUAGCACUAUUAUAUGUUUUCCAGUAGCUAAUGCUAUUGUCUCAGAAGGCUUAGCUAUCUUUUCAAAAGGGCAGCUAUCUUUUUUCUCUAUUUUUCUACUCUCUAUUUCUACUUUUUUUCAAAUCUGCUUAGUGAAUGCCUUAACUAUAUCUCAAAUUGUCUGGAAACAUUUCUCAACAACUGGAUUGAAGUUUAUUGUAUCAAGCAAUUCAAUCUUCUAGACAUACAACAAUUUUUAAACUCAUUUUUCAUUUUUUAUAAAAUUGUCUUAAUGUAUUCCUAAUUAAAAUAAUUGUGUUUGUAAAUAAAAGUUCAUUUUAAUUUU